AUGGCGUACUUGCCUUUGGUUCAAUGGCUGCUCAUCCUGGCUGUGCUCGACGGACCCCUCGGGUGCCUCGGAGACGACGAGCCGACGGCUACGCGCGUCGCCUCCUUUAUGGUGAUUGGGGAUUGGGGCUUUGACAACGUUGCGCACGGAAAUGUGGGUCGGCACUGCCAGGGCCUGAUCGCCAACCGGAUGCACCAGGAGUUCACCGAACUAGGGGAUGUGAAGUUCGUCAUCAACGUUGGCGACUCGUUCUAUCCGGGUGGUGUCACAAGCAAGGACGACACCGCGUGGCACUUGAAGUGGCGCAGAGUCUACUCCCCAAGCGUUCGCAGCGUACCAUGGUACAGCGUCUAUGGCAACCAUGACAUGCUGUACGACCCAGGCGCCUGCAGCAGUGAUGAGGAGAAGGCAGCGCAGAUCAACUACGACCUGGCUGACUUGGACCACUUCUUCAUGCCCGGCUUCUCCUGGUACUUGAAGCACGAAGACCUGGACUUGGAAAUCCUGGCUUUGGACUUGAACUCGCUUUGGGUGAACCACACCUGCCCGCACACGUCCUGCGAAUCCGACUGCCGUGUCAAGGUGCAGGAGCGGGCGAAAGCAGCAAUUCAGCUCUUUGACCAGAGGAUGGAGAAAAGCAAUGCCUCGAACCUCCUUGUCUUCUCGCACUACCCCACGGAUUACCUCUGGGGGAUGCCAGAAGUCUUGGGAAACCUCAGCAACGGCACUCGGCCAGGUGGCCUUUCCAGGCACGUGGAGUACUUUGGGGGGCACCGGCACAACGUCGACCAGGAUUCAACCACAUCCAUCUAUCCGAACAACAAUUGGCUCGUUGGUGGGGGAGGUGGCUGGUCUUGCGACGGCAGAAAGCAAGGCUUCUUGGUCGGCGAGAUUUUGUCGGACGGGAGCAUUGUAACCCGCCCAGUUUUGGUGGAUUAUUGCAGCUGCUGCCCUUGCUAUUGGUGGCGCUAA